GCCGACCAGAGGUGGGGAGGUGGGCGGCCUCGCGGGCCGUGCACAGCCGGAGCUGAGCCGCCACGGAGCCCCGGGCUCCCGCCGCUCUCCAGCUCCGCGCCCGCGGUGCCCUCGCUCCCCUUCGCCUUGGCCCUGGCCAGGGCGAGAGAAAAAGAGGGACCGUAGCCGAAGAGAGAACAGGGGCGAGGAGAGAGCCGGCGUCUCCGGGGCAGUUACCCAUCGCCUCCUUAAGCCACCCGCAGCAGAAAGUUCAGGACCGACUUCCCUCAUUUUGCGCCCCACUUUUGCUAGACCCUAAAAUGAAAGGACAGAAUUCGGCGCUGCCCCUUGCAGCUCUGUUGGCGACUGGUGCGUUUUCAGUGGCAUCGCCCGGAGAAAAAGCCCUGCGCGCCUGAUUGUUCUGUGGCCCCCGAACUCCAGCGUGUGCGUGUGUGUGCACAGACGUCCACACACACUCGCGGCCGUAGGAUCAGUCCCUGGAAGCAGACGCUUCGGCCACAGACCCGGAGAGGAGGAGCUGGAGAGCAGGAGGCGUGAGCCGCCUGGAGUUUGCAGUCCGUGGUGUGAAUGAACCGGGGGCACCUGGGCGCAGGGAUCGCCCCCCCCCUUUCCCCGCCUCAGGCCAGAGUUAAGUAGUGGGGCAUUUUUUUUCACCCCCUUGUGAAGAAUUUUUUUUAUUAUUUGUUGUAAAGUCUUUUGCACAAUCACGCCCACAUUUGGGGUUGGAAAGCCCUAAUUACCGCCGUCGCUGAUGGACGUUGGAGAGGGAGCGCCUCGCCGCGGAACAGUCGCCUGCGCGCCCCCGCCGGACCCGCGGCUCCUUCUCUGUUGCCGGCCCGCGCCCCUAGGCGCCCGCCCGGUUCCCGGGCCCGUCUCUGCGCGGCCCCAGCUUGGGAGCCCAGGCCCGGUCGCCAGCGCCCGCUUUGGCUCCGGUUCACUGCGCCCACCCGACGCGCCCGGGAGGACUCCGCCGCCCCGCGCCCGAUAGUUCCCCCGGCGAACCCCGGCCGCUCCGCUCGGAUUCCUCGGCUGCCCUCGCCCGGUGGCGACUUCCUCUCCGCCCCCUCCCCCUCGCCAUGAAGAAGUCCAUUGGAAUAUUAAGACCGGGAGAAGCUUUGGGGACGGCUGGAAGUGCAAUGUCUUCCAAAUUCUUCCUAAUGGCUUUGGCCAUAUUUUUCUCCUUUGCCCAGGUUGUAAUAGAAGCCAAUUCUUGGUGGUCGCUAGGUAUGAAUAACCCUGUUCAGAUGUCAGAAGUAUAUAUCAUAGGCGCGCAGCCUCUCUGCAGCCAACUGGCAGGACUUUCUCAAGGACAGAAGAAACUGUGCCACUUGUAUCAGGACCACAUGCAGUACAUCGGAGAAGGCGCGAAGACAGGCAUCAAAGAAUGCCAGUAUCAAUUCCGACAUCGGCGGUGGAACUGCAGCACCGUGGAUAACACAUCCGUCUUUGGCAGGGUUAUGCAGAUAGGCAGCCGCGAGACCGCCUUCACGUACGCCGUGAGCGCCGCGGGGGUGGUGAACGCCAUGAGCCGCGCGUGCCGCGAGGGCGAACUGUCCACCUGCGGCUGCAGCCGCGCCGCGCGCCCUAAGGACCUGCCGCGGGACUGGCUGUGGGGCGGCUGCGGCGACAACAUCGACUACGGCUACCGCUUCGCCAAGGAGUUCGUGGACGCGCGCGAGCGGGAGCGCAUCCACGCCAAGGGCUCCUACGAGAGCGCGCGCAUCCUCAUGAACCUGCACAACAACGAGGCGGGCCGCAGGACGGUGUACAAUCUGGCCGACGUGGCCUGCAAAUGCCACGGGGUGUCCGGCUCCUGCAGCCUCAAGACGUGCUGGCUGCAGCUCGCAGACUUCCGCAAGGUGGGCGAUGCGCUGAAGGAGAAAUAUGACAGCGCAGCAGCCAUGCGGCUCAACAGCCGGGGCAAGCUGGUGCAGGUCAACAGCCGCUUCAACUCGCCCACCACUCAGGACCUGGUCUACAUUGACCCCAGCCCCGACUACUGUGUGCGGAACGAGAGCACGGGCUCACUGGGCACGCAGGGCCGCCUGUGCAACAAGACCUCGGAGGGCAUGGACGGCUGUGAGCUCAUGUGCUGCGGCCGCGGCUACGACCAGUUCAAGACGGUGCAGACCGAGCGCUGCCACUGCAAGUUCCACUGGUGCUGCUAUGUCAAGUGCAAGAAGUGCACCGAGAUCGUGGACCAGUUCGUGUGCAAAUAGUGGUCCCCUGCCCGUCGCCCAGCCCCGUGCCCAGGACCCACUUAUUUAUAGAAAGUACAGUGAUUCUGGUUCUUCUUUUUAAAAAUAUUUUUUAUUUUUCCUCACGAAUUACAGCCGGAACCGUGUUUUUUUUUCUGUUACCAUCUAAGAACUCUGUGGUUUAUUAUUAAUAUUAUAAUUAUUGUUUGGCAAUAAUGGGGGUGGGAACCAAGAAAAAUAUUUAUUUUGUGGAUCUUUGAAAAGGUAAUGCAAAGCUUGAUAGUAUAGGAUGAGAGAGAAAUAAUGCGUACCCUAGCCUAGCUGUGUGGACGUAGCACACAGCCAGAAGGUAAAGGAAAUACAUAUUUUUCUUAGCUGUAGAGUCAUCUGGGAUGGGUAGGAUCCAGCUGGUGCAGGGUGGUACAAAUGUGUGCAAGAUUUCAGCUUCUGUGACUAAAAUGAAUUGGAAAUGCUCUGGUGCAAGAUAAAAGGUCUUGAGAAAACAAAACAAAAUCACAGAAGAUGAGAGCGACCCACUUUCCUAGGGGCUGCCAGCCUGCUUUUCAUAUUUUCAAAAUAAUGAUUUAAAAUAUAAGAGCAAGCGUCUUACAUCUUCAGAGAAAAACAGGUGUGGCAUGUGUCUUAUUCUUCUCAAAUAUCCCAUCUGUGGAUUGUCUCUGUUCUAAUAGCUUGUGAAACUUGGGGAGCAGUUAAGUAAAAAACUUGGGGAGCAGAAAAGUCUCCAGAAAUUAGAAAAUUUGAAAUCUACAUGGAGAUUUGAAGGUGUUCUCCCCAAAGGAUUCGGGAUACAAGUCUUUUUGUUGGGAAUGAGGUGUUUGUCUUAGAGAUAGUGCUGGGUUCUUAAGUGCUAAUGGGAAUAAGACAUGAAUUCCAUCCACAGAGCCUCAGCCCGAGCAUCAAGAUGAUUGCAUGCAGAGCACAAAAACCCAUUUCAGGAAAAAAGUGAAACCCACCUUCCUACUUGACCCCAAGCCCUCUCUGAUCCCUCUGUGCUGCUGUGAUGCUGGCCAGGCUUCCAAACAGCAGCAGCUCCGCUGGGUCCCUUUUGAGUGUAGGACAGGAAAUGAAACAUGAGGAGUUCCGGAAAACAGUUUGCUACUUAGGGAUCUUUUUUUCUAAAUCUUUUACUUUGAGGCACAGUAACUUCCCAUGGUUUGAUGACAUUACUUAGCAGAGUCCACAGAGGUGUCACAGUGUUUCGCUGUUGGAAUUCUGUGUUUAUCCACUCGUGCUUUUCCUAUUAUACUGCAGGUGCACCCUAAGACUGUUCCUAAUGUACUGCAACAGUUGCAUUUAUAAGGGGAGCGAUGUGUUUUAAUGGUGCCUGAUAUCUCAAGUCUUUUGUACAUAUCAUAUAUAUAUAUAUAUAUAUAUACAUAUAUAAAUAUAAAUAUAAUUAUAUCUCAGUGCAGCCAGGAUUUAUAUUUACAGUUUACUCUGGGCUUGUUUCUGGAGCACUGUUGUCCUUCACUGCAGUCCAGUUGGGAUUUUUCCAAAUGUGUUUUGAGUCUUGCGUUUGGCCUGUGGCCCUGCUGGGAUCAUACCCUGAGCACCAGGAAGCAAGCUUGUUUCUGAGGCAGCUCUGCAGUCUGAUUCGCUGAAAUGCAUGUUGGUUGGAAGAUUGCUUUUCUCUUUCCUGGCCUGCUCCUCUCCUCAGCCUCCCUUUCUGUAGACACUGUGGAGAGGGCAUCGUUUGUUCGUCACAGACAUGGACAUUAAUAGAUACAACCCAGAAGCAUCCUGAUCAUUUCGCUUUGCUUAGUUUGUUCCACAGAGUGGAAAUGGGUGCCUGUUCAAUUUGGUGGGUUUGAGUCCCUGAGGAGAACCCAGCUCACUGAAUAGAUAGCUAAUUAAAAAAAUAUUUAACACAAGGACACCUCUUUCCCCAAAGUGCCAUCACAUGUGUUCUUAUCUCAGAUGGUCACUGUUUUCAAGGUUUCCCAAAACGCGCCUCUCCUGCACCCUUCCUGGGCUCGGUGGCCUUCGCCUGCCCUCAGCCAAGGAGUUCUUAAUUUAUUGCACAAGGGUAUUCACUUCCCCUCAGCUGCAGUGAAUUGCAAGCAAAAGAUCUUGAAAUUAAAAAGCACUAUUGAGUUUAAAACGUCACUUUUUUGGUUUUUAUUCUACAAAAACCAUGAAGUACUUUUUUUAUUAGCUAAAUCAGAUUGUGUUCCUUCUUAGUGAUUCGUGUUUAUGAACAGAGUUGAGUUUAACAAUCCUAGCUUUUAAAAGAAACUAUUUAAUGUAAAAUAUUCUACAUGUCAUUCAGAUAUUAUGUAUAUCUUUUAUGGCCUUUAUUCUAUGCUUUUAAUGUACAUAUUUCCAUCUUGUGUGAUUUGUAUAUUUCACUGGUUUAAAAAACAAACAUUGAGAGGCUUAUGCCAAUGGAAGAUAGAAUAUAAAAUAAAAUGUUACUUGUAUAUUGGUAA